AUGCUGCUGUGCCAAAACCUUAUUUGGUCCCUUCCCUUCUCUCUCUAGCUAUCUCUCUCUCUUGGCUGCUACUCAUUGAGAGAGAUAGUAAUAUUAUUAAUUAAAUAAAUAAAUAAUUAUAGCAAUGGGAAGAUCUCCUUGCUGCUCCAAGGUUGGCCUCCGAAGAGGCCCUUGGUCCACUAAAGAAGACACUCUUCUCGCCAAUUUCAUUCAGCAAAACGGCGAAGGCCAAUGGAGAUCUCUCCCCAAGAAAGCUGGAUUAUUGAGAUGCGGAAAGAGCUGCAGGCUAAGGUGGAUGAACUACCUGAGGCCGGGGAUAAAGCGGGGAAACAUAAGCGAGGACGAGGAGGAUUUGAUAGUACGCCUGCACGGGCUCCUUGGCAACCGCUGGUCCUUAAUAGCCGGUAGAUUGCCGGGUCGAACCGACAAUGAGAUCAAAAACUACUGGAACACGCACCUUCAGAAGAAGCUCAACGCCGCCGCUACCCCCCACAAGGACCUCCCCAACCUCGCCCCAAACCCCAAGAGAAGUAAGAAGACCAAGAAUAGUAAUGCCACCCUCUCUCCCCCUCCUCCUCCGCCGCCGCCGCCGGCCAAGGAAGCCGAGGCUGCUUCUGCGCCUAAGAUAAAAGUUUGUGUGCCGAAGGCGAUAAGGGUGACACCGGCGUUCUCGCGGAGCAGCAGCUACGACAGCCUGGCCAGCGGCGCAUCCAACAGCGACAGCGACUGCGCGCCGGAGAAGGCGGCAUUCAUGCCGGUGGCGUGGCCGUCGAUAUUCGAGCUGGAUGAGGGGGACUACGGGGUGUGCGGCGCCGACGAUUAUUUCCUCAACGGAGGGUAUAUUCUGCCGGUGCUUAAUCACUCCGAUUCAAUCUCUAGCGAUGUGAACAUGUUGGACAAAGUCUACGAUGAAUAUCUCCAGCUUCUGUAGAACUUCUAUUUUAAAAAUUCAAAAAACAAAAUGAUAAAUAAAUAAAUAAAAAACAAUAUUGUUGUUCGAAAUUAUGGAGUAGUGGACUGCUUCUAAUUUUUCCUUCC